UAUUUUUGCCGAAAAUAAACCUAAAAAAACGCGAGCAAAUGUUUUUGGAACAAUCUCUCCUCUGGAACCCUAUAUUCAUAGUUGUCCGUCGUUGCGUUGCCUCACACCAAUUCCUUCAACAUUGUCUUUUCUUAGUUAUAAAUUUUAAACCAACAAAGUGUGAAAGGAUAUUUUUAUAAAAUAGUUUUUAUAGAAAUUUCUUGAUAAUCACAGUGGAUAAAGAAUGGCCAGAUGCCUGAGUUUCACAGGAUCAGCAGAUUGGCUCUACCGGAAUUUUUUCUCGUAUUCCGGGCUACGGUCGGUGACGACAGAUUUAGAGGACGGUACCGUCAUGCAUUGUUGGGCACCAAAAACUGUGAAGCCAGCAAAACCUAAUCUUCUCCUCGUGCAUGGCUUCGGAGCCAAUGCAAUGUGGCAAUACGGGGAUCUUCUCCGCCACUUCAUGCCCCGGUUCAACAUAUACGUGCCGGAUCUUCUCUUCUUCGGCGACUCCACUACAAAGCGGCCGGAGAGGACAGAGGCGUUUCAAGCACAAUGUGUUAUGAGAUUGAUGGAGAGGUAUGGGGUGCAAAAAUUGAGCCUUGUGGGGAUAAGUUAUGGUGGGUUUGUUGGGUACAGCAUGGCGGCGCAGUUUCCGCAGGCGGUGGAGAAGGUGGUGCUUUGCUGUACCGGCGUGUGCCUGGAGGAGAAAGAUAUGAGAGAUGGGCUUUUUCAGGUGGCGGACUUGGAUGAAGCCGCCAGCAUUUUGAUGCCACAAACGCCGGAUAAAUUAAGGGAAUUGAUGAAAUUUGCUUUUGUGAAGCCUGUUAAAGUCGUGCCUUCUUGCUUCCUUUCUGAUUACAUCGAUGUUUUCUGUACAGAUCAUAUAAAACAGAAGAAGGAACUAAUCCAAGCAAUACUGAAAGAUAGACAAAUUUCUAAUAUUCCAAAAAUAAGACAGUCUACAUUGAUCAUCUGGGGAGAGCAGGACAGAAUAUUUCCAGUAGAAUUGGGACAUAGACUCCAAACACUUUUUGAUGACAUGGUCGAGAGAGUACGAUACAUCGGCGUAAAAGAUUGAGUUGGAUCUGUGAGGAUCAAGUGGAUGUGACCCCAGACCGCCUAUCGCUGCUUGACCAUGAAUGGCUGUUUUCUUUGAGUCGUAUUAGUGCAGAAAAAUCCUUGUUCCUCUUCUUCGAAUCCAAACUUUUUCAAAUCUUUAUACCAAACGUGCACAUCAUGUGUUAUUUUCAUUUCUUGUUUUUACCUAUGAGCUAAAAUUUGCAGGCAUAUAGGGGAGAAGACUCGGUUAGUAGUGAUAAAAAAUGCGGGACAUGCUGUUAACAUUGAAAAGCCAAAGGAAUUCUCCAGAGAAUUAAAAUCUUUUCUCCAGAGCUCGUCCGUUUCUUACUCAUCUCAACCUCAACAACCCAAGUAUCGCCUCUUUAGUGUCACCUAACUAUAUUGAGACUUUCUACGUAGAAAGGGACCAAUUUUUUUUUUUUUUUAUCACAUUUAUUGUUUAUUAAUGAUUCUUUUUCUAUAUCUUUUUGUUUUUUGAAAUUUGACGUUUCAUUAUUAUUUGUGUAUAUAGUUUUCAAUAAAAGGUUCUAACUUUUUUAUGAUGUAAUUAUUUCGAAAAUCUCAA